GAAUGACAACAUUCCAGAGAAACAAGCCCCAAAAUGGCGGACGGGGUUUUGCCUUUCGUCCGCGGCUUGGACUUGACCAACAAUGAUUUCAAGGAGCUGGCCUUCCCUAAAAGGGUAGCAGAUAUGUCCAACCUUCGUUGGCUCAAGUUGAACAAAGCUGGACUGGAAACGCUCCCGGAUGAAUUAUCGCAUCUUCCCAAAUUGGAACAUCUGUCAGUUAAAGAAAAUAAACUGAACAAUAUUCAUGGGGACCUGUCAACACUAAAACAUUUAAGAGUGAUCAAUGCAAGAAACAACGAGUUGAAAAACUCUGGGAUCCCUGGAGAUAUCUUUGGCCUGGAAGAUCUUUUGACAGUGGACUUCAGCUAUAACCAGCUCCAUGAGGUUCCACCUGAGUUAGAAAAUGCCAAGGCCCUAAUUGUCCUCUCACUCAGCAACAAUAAGAUUUCAGUGAUUCCAAACCAGCUUUUUAUCAACCUGAUAGAUCUCAUCUACCUCGACUUGAGUGACAACUGUCUUGAAACAAUUCCACCACAACUCAGACGGCUUGUGAACUUACAGACACUGAUUCUCAACAAUAACCCUCUGCUUCAUGCUCAGUUAAGGCAACUCCCUUCACUUGCUCAACUACACACCCUUCACCUUAAGAACACACAAAGAACCAUCAUGAAUUUCCCAAAUAAGCUGGAAGGUCUUGCAAACCUAGCAGAUCUGGAUUUGUCCCACAACGACUUGCCAAGAGUUCCUGAGCCAGUCUAUCUGAUCUCAAGCCUUAAGAGAGUCAACCUCAGUCACAACGCAAUCACAGAGCUCUCUUCUCUCAUUGACACAUGGACUCAGCUGGAACACUUGAAUGUCUCAAGGAAUCAGCUUACAUCAUUACCUGUAGCACUGUGUAAACUAGUGAAAAUCAAGAGGCUGUUCCUAAAUGGGAAUAACAUCAAUUUUGAGGGCCUACCAACAGGGAUUGGCAAGUUGUAUAAUUUGGAGGUCUUCAUGGCUGCCUAUAAUCAACUGGAAUGCAUCCCUGAGGGACUUUGUAGGUGCAUCAAGUUACGAAAGCUUAUUCUACACUCGAAUCGCCUAUUUACCUUACCCGAGGGAAUUCAUUUUCUCACCAACCUUGAUGAACUGGACGUGCGUAAUAACCCUGAGCUGGAAAUGCCAUCAAAGCCUGUACCAGACGAGCUGGGUAGCGGCGCGGAGUUCUACAACAUCGACUUCUCUCUUCAGAACCAGCUUCGUAUUGCUACUGGUGCACCGUUACCCCCACAGCCAUCUCAUAAAGAUGCUUAUGCAAGAAAGUUGAGGAUGCGUGGCCGUCGACAUCACAGCCAAUCAGAUGGACUUAAGAGGUAUGAUUCGUUCCGGAGAGAUUCCAAGGGUAUGGUCGAAGACGCAGAAGAAAAGAAAGCGACAGGCAGAAACAAGAAACUUGGAAAAAGGCAAGAGAGCACGGAGGAACCCGCUGAAAAGACGGUGAAGGGAAGAAAGUGGAACGAGGCGCUUGUAAAACCGAACUUGAACUACCAUGACUUUUUUGACGACCAGACAGGCCAGGAAAUAGGAAUGCAGGUUUGGCAAAUAGAGAACUUUCUUCCAGUCCACGUGGAUGAAGAUUUCUAUGGCAAGUUCUAUGAAGCAGACUGCUACAUCAUUCUGAAGACUGAGUUGGAUGAGACAGAUCAGUUAUUCUGGCAGAUCUACUACUGGAUUGGCAAAGAUGCCUCGCUGGACAAGAAAGCGUGCUCGGCCAUUCACGCGGUCAAUUUGAGAAACUUCCUUGGAGCUGAGACAAGAACCAUCCGCGAAGAGCAAGGCGAUGAAUCGGAAGAAUUCCAUGAACUCUUCGACAAUGACAUUGCCUACAUCGAAGGUGGAACAGCAAGUGGUUUUUACAGCGUCGAAGACCAAAUCUACAUCACGAGACUUUUCAGACUUCUGAAGGACAAGCGAGUACUGCUAGAACCUGUACUGCCAGACGUCUCUUCGCUAGAUCCAACCUUUACCUUUAUAUUGGAUGCAGGGCUCAAGAUCUACAUUUGGUCUGGGGCUAAGGCAAAAAGGACAACUAAGACAAAAGCCAGAUUAUUUGUGGAGAAAAUAAACAAGAAUGAGAGAAAGAAUAAGGCGGAAAUCAUCAUGUGUAUGACGGGUGAUGAACCGGGUGAGUUCUGGAGGCUGUUGAAUGGGAGACCUGCUGAGGGUACCAUCACGGUGAAAGAGGAGUAUAGCGUGGAUCCUAAGCGUCCGAAUAUUUACAAAGUUGCACUCGGUCUGGGCUACCUGGAACUGCCCCAAGUUGAACUUCCAGGAGGCGUCCUGAGCCAGAAACUCCUGGACACUAAGAAUGUGUACAUAAUGGAUUGCAACACCGAGAUCUUCGUCUGGAUUGGGCGUAAGUCUGCGCGCUUGGUACGAGCCGCUGCCAUGAAACUAUCACAAGAACUCUGCUCUAUGAUUGAAAGGCCGUCGUUUUCUAUCGUCACAAGAACCCUGCAAGGGGCCGAGUCCCAGCUGUUCAAGUCCAAGUUUGUCGGAUGGGAUGACGUACUUGCAGUUGAUUAUACACGUAGCGCCGAGACCGUAUCCAAACUCUCCAAGCAGCUUGGUACAACGAACAUCACGAGCAAAGAUGCCCAAGACAAGCUCAAGCAAGUAGCCAAGGUUGAUCUCUCCGCGCUGUUCACAACAAGACAACAACCCAUCCCAGAUUCCGAGCAGCAACAGCUUGUCGAGGAAUGGAACGAGGACUUGGAUGGUAUGGAAUGCUUCGUGCUCGAGGGAAAGAAGUUCGUCCGUCUGCCAGAAGACGAGAUAGGGCAUUUUUAUAGCGGUGAUUGUUACGUGUUCCUGUGUCGGUACUGGGUGCCCGUGGAGACGCCAGAGGGCGAGGAGGAAGAAGAGGACGAACCUGUGGAGCAGGAAGAAGAUUUCCAGUGCGUCGUGUACUUCUGGCAGGGACGAGAUGCGAACCAGAUGGGUUGGCUAACAUUUACAUUCAGUCUUCAGAAAAAAUUUGAAGUACUUUUUGGAGAAAAGCUAGAGGUGGUCAAAACUCACCAGCAACAAGAGAAUCCCAAAUUCCUGGCUCACUUCAAGGGCAAGUUUAUCAUUCACUCGGGCAAACGCAAGGAACCAAUCCCAGAAGGCGAGAAACCGAAACCGGAGCUGUACCACAUACGAUCCAACGGAGGAAUACUAGCAAAACGAGUUAUACAGAUUGAAGCCAAUGCUUGCCAUUUGAACUCAGAGUUUUGUUACAUCCUCAAAGUCCCCUUCGAAAAUUACGCUGAGGACGGGAUAAUUUACGUCUGGAUUGGCGGGAAAGUUACGGAAGCAGACGCGGAGCACGCUAAGGAACUUGGGCAAGAAAUUUGGGAUAGCGGCUACACCAUUCAGAUCAUCAACGAAGGUGAAGAACCAGAGAACUUCUUCUGGGUUGCUCUCGGUGGUCGCAAAGACCACGAUAAGGACGCGGAUUACUUGAAUUACUGCCGCCUGUUCCGCUGUUCUAACGAAAAGGGAUACUUCUCCGUGUCCGAGAAAUGCACUGACUUUUGCCAGGACGAUCUAGCAGGAGAUGACGUUAUGAUUUUGGACACUGGACACGAGGUGUUUGUGUGGAUGGGGAUGGAGUCAAGUGAUGUGGAGAAGAAACUCGGGAUCAAAAGUGCACAGGUUUACAUUCAGCACUUACUACAGCUACAGAGUGGCCCAAUCCGUAAGCUGCGCUUGACAUUGAAGGCACAAGAAGGACAUCUGUUUAAGAGGUGUUUCCACGGAUGGGGGCAGUUCCACAAAACCAAAUACUAAAGAAGGAUUUGGCACGUUACAUAGACAGCAUGCAUGAUAAUAGAGAGCUGAGGAGCACAAGGCAAACCAUCAUGUACUGCAGUGGGUGGAAAGGGGACAGUCAUUUUACUCCAUUGUCCUUUAAAAAAAUUCUCGACCCCCUUCUAGAUACAACUUUGCGCAGUGGAAAGGGUUCCAGACUGUUUGACGUUAAUAAUGCAUAACUUUAUCUUUGUUCAUUAUAACAAUCUGUUGUAUUUAAGUAGAGAUUCUUUUUAAAGAAAAUUAAUGGAUGUUUUUUUUUAUUUUUUUUGCAACACUCAGAUUUGCUAUCCCAAUAUGUAUUCUAGUCUAUCAGUGCUAUGACCAGUGUAAAAUAAAACUACGACCUAAGCUUCUAAAUUAAUAUGAAACCCACUGGAUAUGAAAAAUGAACAAGUUAUGCAGGUCUCAUUACAUUAGAUAGUUAGUUUUUCAUAACUGUAAUAUUUUCUGAAUUGUGAUGUAGCAAUAAAAACAUUAUUGGAA